AUGAGUAAAGAAGAAGAAACCAUUUCUUACUGUAAUGCAGAAUUGGGCCCAUUGCCAACUACUGCUCCAAAAGUAUCUGAUAACAUUGUGGACCUUUUCUCCUUCAAGGGAAAAGUAGCCUCUGUCACUGGAUCCUCGGGAGGAAUUGGUUGGGCUGUUGCAGAAGGUUUUGCCCAGGCUGGUGCCGACGUUGCCAUUUGGUACCAUUCCCACAAUGCCGAUGAAAAGGCCAAAUAUCUUGAAGAGAAAUAUGGCGUCAAAGCAAUUGCAUAUGGUUGUAACAUUGGGGUUGCCGAGGAAGUGCAAAAGACAGUCAAACAAAUUGAAUCUGAUUUUGGUAAAAUUGACGUAUUUGUUGCCAAUGCUGGUAUUGCUUGGACCGAAGGACCAGAGAUUGAUGUUGAAGAUUUAAGCAAGUGGAACAAGAUUAUUGAUACCGAUUUGAAUAGUGUUUUCUACUGUGCCCACGCUAUUGGCCCAAUUUUCAGAAAGCAGGGUAAAGGUUCAUUGGUAUUGACAGCAUCUAUGUCAGCGACGAUUGUCAAUGUUCCUCAAUUACAAGCAGCUUAUAAUGUAGCAAAAGCCGGAGUUAAACAUUUGUCUAAAUCUUUGGCGGUUGAAUGGGCGCCGUUUGCUAGAGUAAACAGUGUUUCACCGGGUUAUAUUUCAACUCAUUUAACUACGUUUGCUGAUCCAGCAUUGCAAAAGAAGUGGGUGCAAUUGACUCCAUUGGGAAGAGAGGGGCAUCCAAAGGAGUUGGUUGGUGCUUACUUGUACUUGGCUUCUGAUGCUGCUACUUACACAACUGGUUGUGAUUUGGCUGUUGAUGGUGGCUACACUGUACCAUAG